CCGCGGGGGUCGCUCGGGGCCCGCGGGGGUCGCUCGGGGCCCCGAGGCCGCCGGGCCGGGGAUGGUGGCGGGGCCGGGCGGGCCGGGGCGGCGGCUCCGGGCCCGGCCCUGAGGGAGCCGCACCAUGAGCGUGCGGCCUCCGCAGGCCCCGGACAGGCUGAGCAGCCUCUCCUCGGCCCUGGGCGAUUCCCCCUCGGAGCGAAGGUCCCCCGGCCACCACCGGCAGCCCUCGGACGCCUCGGAAUCCACAGAGCUGGUGCAGCGCUGCGUGGUCAUCCAGCGGGACCAGCAUGGCUUCGGCUUCACCGUCAGCGGCGACCGCGCGGUGCUGGUGCAGUCCGUGCGGCCAGGUGGGGCUGCCAUGAGGGCCGGGGUGCAGGAGGGCGACCGGAUCCUCAAGGUGAACGGGACCAUGGUGGCCAACAACUCCCACCUGGAGGUGGUGAAGUUGAUCAAGUCCGGCGCCUACGUGGCCCUGACCCUGCUGGGAUCCCCCGCCGGACCCGCGGGAAUUCCGGGAUCCCAGCAGGAGCCGGAGCCCUCGGGGUGUCCCCAGGGGCCCCCCCAGCUCAUCACGGAGCCCAGGCCCCUCCAGGACCCCGAGGUGCGGAAGCACGCGGCGGAGAUCCUGCAGAACAUGCUGCGCCAGGCUGAGGCCGAGCUCCAGCGCUGCCAGGCGGGCGCGGCGGGGCAGGAGCAGCUGGAGGCGGCGCGGCGGCGCCUGGAGCAGCUGAAGCUCAAGGUGCUGCAGGAGUCCCGCUGUUCCCAGUCCCAGGAUUCGGGGUCCCGGCCCCUGGAGGGGGAAUUCCGCCGGAGCCUGGCGGGGUCCCCGCAGCUCCCGGGACGAUUCCCGCGGGAUCCCCGGGAUGGGGACCCGGGGCUGGAAUCCGGCCCCGAGCGGCUCCCGGCCCUGGCAGAGGUAUCCCGGAAUUCCGGCUUUUCCCAGCCCGGCAGCCCCCGGAGCUCCCCCGUGCUCGGCUCCCGCCUCGCCACGGAUCCGGGAUCAGGGAGGCCCCAGAUCAUCGGUCCCGAGGAGGAUUGUGAGCCCGGGAGCGGCAGCAGCGAGAGUGACUCCGUGUUCCAGGAUUUGGGAAUUCUCAAAUCCCGCCCGGCCCAUUUGGGAGUUUUCCUGAGGUUCCUCUUCUCCCAGGCCGAUCCCACCCCUCUGCUGUUCCACCUGUGCUCCGAGGUUUGCUGCCAGCAGAGCAAUCCCAGGGAUUCCCGAGCCCUGGGAAGGCACAUCUGGAACAUCUUCCUGGACAGGAGCGCGCCCCUGCGGGUGAAGGUGCCGGAGCAGCUCCUGGCCGAGAUUGAGCUCCACCUGCGGAACGGCGAGGAGCUGCGGCCGGCGCUGCUGGAGGCUCAGGAAUUCGUCAUCCCGGAAAUCCAGGAGCAGCUCCAGGACUACAGGGCCAAGCGCACGCUGGGGCUGGGCGGGCUCUACGGGGAGAACGAGCUGCAGCAGCUGGAGCAGCUGGAACAGCUGGAAAAACACCUGGAAAAGGCUCCGGAGCAGCCGGAGGAGCCGCGGGAACGCCGGGAAUGCCGGGAACGCCGGGAGCGGGCGGCGGCCGAGCGGCAGCUGGGACACCUCGGGGACAUCCUCUCCAAGUACGAGGAGGAGCGGAGCGCUCCCAUGGCCUUCGCCCUCAGCACCUUCAUGGCCCACGCCGGGAUCCGGCCCCGGGAAUUCCGGGAAUUCCGGGAAUCUCAGAAUCCCGGCGCCUCCGAGAAGAUCCCAGACAAGGACAAGUGGCUGCCCUUCUUCCCCAAGGCCAAAAAGAGCAGCAGCUCCAGGAAGGAGAAGGAGCAGAGGCAGAACCCGAUCCUGAAAUACAUCGGGAAGCCCCGGAGCUCCUCCCAGAGCACAUUUCAUGUCCCCCUGUCCCCCACGGAAGGCGGGAAGCCGGGCAGCGUCCGGACCAUGAUCCAGCACUUUGAGAACGGGCACGGGGAGCCCCCGGAGCCGGAGCCGGGCCCGCAGCGCCGCUCCACCGGCAGCGUUCCCGAGGGGCUGCUGGAGCCCGCCAGCUGCCGGGCCGAGGUGCGCCUGGGCCGCUCGGAGUCGCUGAAGGGGCGGGAGGAGCUGCGGCGCUCCCGGCGCGCCGAGCCCGUGCCCCGAUCCCGCAGCGACGUGGACAUGGACACCGGGAAUUCCGGGAACGCCGGGAGCGCCGGGAGCACCGGGAGCGACACCCCCCGGCUGCACUCGGCCUCCUCCUCCGCCUCCAGCCUCUCCAACAGAUCCCUGGAAAAUCCCACCCCCCCUUACACGCCAAAGAUGGGGCGCAGGAGCAUGGACUCUCCCUUCGGGGCCGAUCCCUUCCUCCCACACCUCCUGGAGGACGAGCAGGGCCCCGUCCCCGACCUGGAGGCGGAUCCCGAAUCCCAAAAUCCCCCGAAUUCCCAGAGCUGGCAGCAGAAUUCCCCGAAUUCCCAGAGCUGGCAGCACUCGGUCAGCCGGGAGCUCCUGGCCAGCCUGUCCCAGCGCGAGGUGGAUCGGCAGGAGGUCAUCAACGAGCUGUUUGUCACCGAGCUGUCCCACCUGCGCAUCCUGCGUGUCCUGGACUCGCUGUUCCUGCAGCGCCUGCGCCGGGAGCAGCUCCUGAGCCGGGAGGAGCUGGGGCUGCUCUUCCCCAACCUGCCCGAGCUCAUCGGCGUGCACAAUUCCCUCUGGGAAUCCAUGCGGCGCCUGCGGGAGGAGCAGGGCCCCGUCAUCGGCGGCAUCGGAGACCUCAUGCUGGCCCGGUUCGAGGGCGCUGCCCAGGAGGAAUUCCAGCGCGCCGCCGCCGCCUUCUGCUCCUCGCAGUCGAUCGCGCUGGAGCUGAUCCGCAGCAAGCAGCGCAAGGAGGCGCGAUUCCAGAGCUUCAUCCAGGAGGCCGAGAGCCAGCCGCAGUGCCGGCGGCUGCAGCUGAAGGAUCUGCUGAUCGCCGAGAUGCAGCGCCUGACCAAGUACCCGCUGCUGCUGGAGAACGUCCUCAAGUGCACCCCGGCGGGCAGCGCGGAGCAGGAGAAGCUGCGGCGGGCGCGGGAGCGCAGCCGGGCGGUGCUGCGGGCGGUGAACGAGGCCGUGCGCCGCGCCGAGAACCGGCAGCGCCUGCGCGAGCACCAGCGGCGCCUGGACACCUCCGCACUGGAGCGCUCCAGCAACCCGCUGGCCGCGGAAUUCCGGAACCUGGACCUGACCUCGCACCGGAUGAUCCACGAGGGACCCCUGUCCUGGAGAGUGGGGAAGGACAAAAGCGUGGAGCUGCACGUGCUGCUGCUGGAGGAGCUGCUGGUGCUGCUGCAGCGGCAGGACGAGCGUUGGCUGCUCAAGUGCCACAGCCGCGGGCUGGCGGCCGACACCAAGCAGAGCUUCAGCCCCGUGCUCAAGCUCAGCUCGCUGCUCGUGCGCUCCGUGGCCACAGACAAGCGCGCCCUGUUCAUCAUCUGCACCUCGGAGCUGGGACCCCAAAUCUACGAGCUGGUGGCGCUGACGUCCUCGGAGAAGAACACGUGGAUGCAGCUGCUGGAGCAGGCCGUCCAAGGGGCCACCAGGAGCCUCCCGGGGCCACCGAAGCAGGAACAGAGCGAGGCCAGCGGGAACGGAGACACCGGCCUGCUGCUGCCGGACCCCGCCGUGUCCCCAGAGCUGGCCCGGGACACCGAGCCCGAGGAUUGUUCCUCAGCCGGCAGUGACCCCGAGCCCUCGGGAAGGGCCCGAGCCCUGCAGGAGCUGCUGGAGGAGCCACGCGGGGCUGGGCCGGGGGACCCCGACCCCGACCUGGGGCACCCCGACCCCAUCCCGGGAACCCCCAAAUCCCCGGGAAGCGCCGGAGUGGCUGAGGCAGCGCUGCAGGAUGUGGAGACCCUGCGGCUCCUGAUUGUCCGGAGGCUCCGGCCGGGACGGGACCCCGACGUGUCCAGCUGGGAAUUCCCCACGGCCAGCCAGGAUUUGGCCACGUCUGGCCGGGAUUCCAGGAUGUCCAGCCGGGAAUUCCCAAUGUCCGGCCGGGAAUUCCCCACGGCCAGCCAGGAUUUGGCCACGUCCGGCCAGGAAUUCCCGGCGUCCGGCCGGGAUUCCAGGAUGUCCAGCUGGGAAUUCCCCGUGUCCGGCCAGGAAUUCCCAAUGUCCAGUCGGGAAUUCCCAAAGUCCAGUCAGGAAUUCCUGAUAUCCAGCCAGGAAGGGCCGGAGGGGCCGGAGUCCAACGGGAUCCGAAUCAACCGGAAAGCCCAGGAGGAGGGGCCGGAGGAGGCCACGCCCCCGCGCGGCUGCAGCCAAUCAGAGCCCGAGCUGCGGGAAGGAGGCGGAGCCAGCGCCGAGGGGAAUUUCUUCUACCUGAGCCUCCCCAGGGGCUGCCCCGGGCCGGGAGGGGACAUCGGGGACAUCCCUGGGGACACCCCUGGGGACACGGAGCUGAUCCUGGGCACCCUGGAGGAGCUGCGGGGGAAACUGCUGAGCCUCAGGGCCCUGGAAGCCGCUCACCGGCACCUGCUGCGCUCUCUGCGGGGGGACAAGGCCAGUGUCCCCGCUGUCCCCGCUGUCCCCGGGGUCCCCAGCCCCGUCCCCAGGUGGGCCCCGCCGCCCCCCGGCACGGCCCAGGCCCCGCGGGGACACGGUGCCACCCGCGCUGGCGCUGCCACCAAGGGCACAGGCUCCGACGCCCCUGCCCACCUUUAACCCGGGAGGGGGGGGAUGGGCUGGAAUUUCCCUCCCCUCCCCCAAAUUUCCCCCGGAAGAUUUUCCAGGGAAUUCCGGCCGGGAAUUCCCCCGGACAGCCGGACAGAUGCACUUUGUUGGGAAUUCCCCCUUUUCCCCCCAAAAAAAUCCUAUAAAUAUGUACGUACGCCCCUCCCCCACGCUGUAAAUACCCCGGGUCCCUCCCUCCCACAAUCGGGGGUGACACGGUGACAAUCGGGGGGUGGCACCCCCAAAACCCCGGGAUUUCCCCCCAAAACCCCGGGAUUUUCCCCCCAAAACCCCGGGAUUUUCCCCCAAAACCCCGGGAUUUCCCCCCAAAUCCCCGAAUUUCCCCCCAAAUCCCGGGGUUCCACAUAUAAAUAUUAUAAAUAACAGAGCCCAGGCGGGCGCUGGAAGCUGGGAAGAA